ACAACGCUGUAAAUGAAAGUCGAUUUGUAAUAUGUUAACUACAAUAACUAUGUAUAUUUCUCUCAAAAAUCAUAACCACAGAAUACGACCAACAUCCUCUAACCCCAUCAUUUCACACAGAUAAUUUUUGUUUUAACGCAUUCUCCAAAUACUAAAAAUUUAAAUGAAUGUUAAUCAAACAUCUUUCACAAAAAGGGAAUUUAUAUCUUAGGCCCUUAUGUUGACUUUGACGAUGCACAGUUACAAGUUUAUAAGUGAUACAUUCUUAUGAGGGAGUACAUACAUUGUUGUAGAUUUACUCUGAGAAAUCAUUCUAUAUUGCCAUCAUGAAUUUGGCUGGUUACUAUGUUAUUUCUGGAAGUGAGAAUGUACAUUCUCUAGAGAAACAGCUGCAAGCCAGCAUACUUGAACUUACAGAGGAAUUGGAAGAACAGAAUUUACUUACAAAUAAAGAAACCAGAAUAAUUAGUUCUGUGCCAUUUCCACGAGACCUUAAUUAUUAUCGGAAAGAAAGGAAGAGAAUGAUUGAACGUACUUUGCAGGUUAGCUCUGCUAAAAAACUGGUUAAUGUCGCUGAUGUGCUAAAGGAAACUUUGGUUAUUGCUGAAAAGUUUGAAUACACAGCAGAAAGUCUGCCUCUUCUUAUUCAUCAACAUUUCACAGACCGUAUCUACCAACUUGUACAAGCAAAACAUCAACAUUUAAUGCGCUGGAAACGUUUCUGUCAAACCACUAAAGACAUUGAAAACUGUUAUCCUGAAUACAGAGAGAAAAUGAAACAUUUAUUUCAAGAAUACUAUGACUGUGUAAUGAGGGCUCAGCGUUUAUCUGCUGCUAAGCAGGCCAUUUCUAAACCCAGUACAUCUACAACGUUGUUACAAACAGAUGACUUGCUCAUUUACCUUCGUUGGCUUAUAUCUUAUUUGCAUUCUACCAAAAAGUUUCACCAGUAUUUGACAUUGAUUAAGUGGUUACCUUUAAUCCAUAUUGAUAAAUUUACAUUUACAGAAGAAGAUGAUGACAUGGAAGAAGGCAGUUUAGAAAGUACCAUUCGAAAAUUGAGUUUUCGAUAUGAUGAAAUGAAGUUCAAUGACGAUUUUUCAACUGCUUCUUAUGAUAAUUUUAUCAAAUACCUUAGUGAACCAUCAAAAACUCCAAUUCCAGAAAAACACCAAUUGUCAAGUCUCUCUCUGCCAAGUUCAUUUAUAGCCAAAGUUUAUGGAUUCUUGAAUGGAGGCCGUGCAUCUAAUCAUUUAAAUCUUGGUAUGCCAAUACACUCUUUAAAGUUUGAUGAUUUUAAGGAAAACUUGUUACUAUUCAUGGAUAUCUACCAAAUUCCUCGUAGUAUUGCUAAUGGUCCAAUUAUUGAUGAAAUUAAUAUAUAUUCUGAGUCACUCAAGAAAUUCAAAAUUUAUUUUAACAAACAAGAAACAGCAAGAACUUUCAAAACAUAUGACUCUUCUGAGGCAAUCCAAGAAAAGUGGGGUUCAGAGAAACCCAAACUUCUAAAGAAACCUGCUAACUGGCUUCCAUUUGUAAAAUUAAUACCAAGCAAAAAUAUAGAGCAAGAGAAGAAGUGGACAGAACUGAGGCAGAAAAAACAAAUUGAUGCGUUAUUAUUGCAACAGUCUAGUCUACUGAAGAUGGCAGACCCUGAUAAAGUCAUAGUUACUUUGAAAAACCAUGUAUCAAUUGCAAAUGGGGAUAACAUGAAAGGUGAAGUAGCUUCUUCAAGUUUUAAGCAGUUCUGUAAGACAGAAAAACUAUGGAAGAAGAUAUAUUCAAACCCAGAAGUCUACGUUUUGAAUCAGUCUGAAUUAGUAAGUGAUGAUGACAAUGAAAAAGCAUCCAAAUUGCCAACAUUCCGUGCAAGCACCUAUGAUUAUUUCUCAGCAAUGAAGAUGUUAGGUUUGGAUGAAAAUGUUCAUGAUGAAGGAUAUUGUCCCUCAAAAAAUAGUAGUUAUUCAGCAUAUCUCUUGCUUCGACAUCUACACAUUAGAGAUUUGCAAAUAUUGUGUUUAUAUACUCUUAACUACCUGAGAUCUAUACAACGAACUCUAACUAUCAAUGAUGAAGGAUUGACUUUAAAACAGGGGAAACUGACAAAAAGCUGUGCACAGAACCAUCGGAUUUUGACAACAGCAGAUGGAACAAUGGGAGGUGGGGGAGGACUUGAUAGCCAUGGUUAUUUUCACAACACACCUGCUGAUUUUAAGAUUUCAGAGACAGAUUUUAUUGAAUACUCUGGAAUUGAAAACCAUGAUGAUUUUUAUGAAAUUGACAAUGAGAGAAUAUAUGUUCGUGAUCAACAAGGCCUCAAUAUCAUUUACGAUGAAGCUAUUAAUGAUUUUAAGCAACUAGAAGAAGAUCUAUUGCUUUUGGGUUCUUUCUACAUUGAGAAUGAUAAAAGCAUCAGAAGCCAUUUUCUUACCAAGAAACAUUCUAAGAUUGAUUGUGACAAGGUGAUUCCAGAAAAUUUUAAUAUUCCUCAAUAUGCUCUUAUGCAUAUAGACAGAUUUGGAGUUCUCCUGGAUUUAUGGACUCAAGAAGCUGCCUUUCAAAAUUGUAAACGCAAUCUGAUUAGGUGUUAUUUUGAAGCCUACUGCAAUGUCUUUGAUCGAGAUGAGAAGCGACUUCUUGCUCAGACAAUUACCAACAUUAUGUAUCAAAGACCACGUUACAUGUUUCACCGAUGUGACUAUUUCAUCCAAGUUUACUACUCUGAGUGUGUAAAUCUUCAGCUCCAUAUAGAUCUUGUACAAACAAUUCUUAACCAGCAAAUUGAAGAUGAUAGAGAGUAUAUUCAAAAAUGUUGUCGAAAACGAACAUUUGGCAUACCAUCUUCUAUUACUGAAGGAACAUUAAUUAAAAUUCACACCAACAAGUCUGCUCUUCUUCCUCUGUAUUUGCUAGAAUUUCAUCCAUUUCUUGCUUUAGCUGCUCAGAUUCCAAGAACCCUGAACUAUUUAAUGCAAGAAAUUUGUUACAAGAUCAAACCCAACAACAAUGAAAAGCUAAUAGCUGUGGAAAAACUGAUGUUGGAAAUAGCCUUAUCAGAAUGGAAUUCUAUGCAGAAAAUGGGGCUUUCAUACUGUCAUCAAGACCAGAAACAUGUAUUCUUUGAUAGUUAUAUUGAAGACCCUCUGUUGAUGAGUGAGUUAGUGAGCAGCAAUAUUUCUGCAGCUGAUCAAACUGAAAAAAGCCAUACAGACAAACAAUUUCAUGCCAUCAAUGAAAUAAAACGCAUGCUUGAGUUGGUACAUCUUAGAAGUCACCUACUUGACAGUUGUUGGGAAUCAUCAGUUCUUUCAAAAUUGUACACAAACCAGGCUGAUGUACUAGGUCUUGAUGAAUGCCAUUUACAUAUGCGCAGUAUUUAUUUUGAGCAAGCUAUUUACAAAGAAGAUGCUGGUAGACCCCCACCUGGUUAUUUUCAUGCUUCUCUUGAUGAUUCAGUUGACAGAUAUCUUCCCAGAAUUUUGAAUCUAGCUAUUUUAGAUUAUGACGAUGUAAAACCUACUGACUUCAGUUUCUCAUCUAAUCAUUCCAUUUGUCAGCUACUAACUGACGAGGGAUUAAAGAAAAUGCAGCUGGUUUUAAAGUGUCAACUUUGUCAUCUACAUGCUAUGGUUGCUUCAAUUCUGCAAGUUUCCAAUUGUAACGAUUUAACUUCCAUUCAGGAAAAAUCUGAUCAAAGGAAUCUAUUGCAACCCAGUGAGAAGACUAGUAAACUGAGUGAAUCCAAAACUAAUGUUACUACUCAGAAAACUGUCUUUCCUGAAUCAUUUAUCUCUGUCCAGUUUAUCAAGACUUCAUUUCGAGACAUUAUGCUGAAUAAGUAUACCAAGAAAAUAAAAUCAGCGCCUCAUUUCAGUGAAUCAAGUGAAUUUACUCAAUUUAAACAUGAUCUUAUAUCUGAAGCAUGCAAUAAUACAGCAACGAACAUAUCGCAGUAUUUACUGAGAAGUCAAAUUAUUGGAAUCUAUAAAUAUAUCAUGCAGGCAUUGGAUGACUUUCCAUCAAUAAGGGAUACUUUCUUCACAGUUGGUAUUUACAUAGUUGGUGAUGGCCCAAAUGAUUCAUAUAUAGACAGGAGGAAAAGUGAACUGAACAUAGAAGCCGAUGAUAAAGUCAUGUCUCCAGAUGGACACGAGGUGGUCAAUAUAUGGUAUUUACCUCACUGCACUGAAAUACUAGGAAUGUUCAGUAUAUUGAGGGAUGAAGCCUGCAUCGAAGCUUUAACUUACCUCCUACGGAUUGUCUCAGCUCUGCAUGAUAUUUUACAAUAUCUGUUUGGACACUACCGACUUGGAAAUCGAAGAUCCUUAAUAUUUGCUGCACAUGCUGAUGCCUCAGCAACAUGGGGUGGAUUAGAAGGAAUAAAAGCUGAGUUAAAAGAAAUCAUGACACAAGUACGGUCACUGUCCUGUCCUACAGAUCCAAACCUAGUUGCUGAACUUCUAAUUGCACGGGGAGAAGUAACAUAUUUAGAAUUUGAUGUAGCAGUACGCUAUGCUUUGGUGGAAACUUUCCUACUUUCAGGAAACAGAGUAGCUUUUGAGGCUGUAAAUAUGAACCAUGGUUUAACCAUUUUAAGCAAUGUACCAGAAGAGAGUGUAUUCAACACUUACUUCAGAGUACCAGAACCAUUAGAAGCUUAUGACAGAUUAGCAAUGUCACUUUACCCUUGGCGAAGUUUCCUUGGUCGAAAUGGGCCUUUUCCAGGAAUGCUUCCUUGCUGUUAUCACAUAAGUCAAAAUAUGCAGCUGUGUAUGGCUAGCCUAAAAGAAUUAGACAAGCUUGCUGCAAAUGGAGAAAUUUCAGGAGUGAGUCUUCAGUUGGAAGAUAUUAUUCUGUCAGAGUUUCCUGGAUUCAGGCAAUUUACAUCAGGCUUCGAACAUUCCUGGAAAACACAAGUUACUAGUUCCCUUUAUAAGAAUAUUCUUGCAAAGGAAAAAAAUUUACCAAGUUCUAAUGCUAACAAUCUUGUGCCAUUCGCUGAUUUUCCACUGCAAGGUAUAGUAGCAGAAGUAGAAGCAGAGGAUAGUUCAGACUCAACAGUAGAAAUGAAAGUAGGACCAACUGAUAUUUAUCUGGUUUUAAGAUGUUACCUAAUACUCUGGAAACAACUUGAAGUUUUAAAAAAGUGCUGGAAAAAUAAUGUUCUUUGUUUAUCUUCAGAGAACCCUGUGAUAGAUUAUCAAGAAUUUUGUAAAAUAUAUCGGAAAAAAAUCCUCUUCCCAGUUCUUCAGAAUUUAGAUCAGAAGUAUCAGACAACAUCAGUUGUAGGAUUUGCAAAUGUUCUAGACCCUUUAGUCACUCCACCAUCAAUUUCUGACUUUGAUGUAAAAGGCAACCAACUUGUGAAACUGUUAGAAAGCUUUGAGUGUCACAUGAUAAAAAAAACCAUCAAAGAAAUAAAUAAGGAUCUUUCCUUAGCCAUUGCUGAGCGAGCCCGUGAAGAAAUUGUACUACCUACUGAUUUAUGGAGAAGACGUAAAACAAAAGGCAUUGUCCAGUUGCAUUGUCCCAAUAUAAUGAGUAAUUUUAGGGCCCUGUUGCUGUCCGAACCAGUAUCUGUUACACCUACAACUAUGACAUUUUCCCACUCUCACCUCAAUGCAGCUUUACAGAAUCUUGCACAAAGUGUAGUUGCAAGAGAGAAAUUAGCAUAUGAAAGUUACACCAAUUAUUAUGAAAAUAUGAUGAAAAGCUUUCAUAAUCAGCUUUAUCAAAAGGAGCAGUCAGUUGAUUAUGGCCAUGCUGGAGUACUGCCCUGAAGAGUUUUAAUCAAAUGAAUUGACCCUAAGACUUAUUUUUUUAAGCCUAGUACUUAUUCUGUCACUCUCUUUUGCUGAACCACUUGAUUACAGGAAUGUAAACACACCAACCACUGGUUGUUAAGUGGUGAUAGGGGGAUAAACACACACACACACACACACACACACACACACACACAACUAGCUUCUUUCAGUUUCUGUCUACCAAAACCACUCAUAAGGCUUUGGUCAGCCAAAGGUUAUAGUAGAAGACACUUGCCUAAGGUGCCAUGCAGUGACAGAACCCAGAACCAUGUGGUUGGGAAGCAAGCCUCUUACCACACAGUGGACUAGUCAAAUACAUCCCAGUAUGUAUUGGGGAAUCUUUCUAUGCUAUUUUAACUGCAACCAGGAAAGUAAAGGAUUAAUUGAUAAUCAGGGCUGAUUUUAACCAGUAAGAUAGAUUUGUUCAAAUUGGGCCCCAUGCACACACUCGAGAGGAGGACACUAUGAUGAAAUUUUUGCAUAUCAUUGUGGCUAAUGCUGGAACUGAUGCACUACACAAAGCAUAAGACAUUAAUCUUCAUCUUUUGUAGAGUAGAAGCUCCCAUUGACAUUUCUCUAAUUGGACCCCAUAAUACCUAGAGCCAGCCUUGUUGAUAAUAAAUUGUGCAUGCUCCUUGUAAUGUACACCUCCACUGCAGAGUCAUCAUUCUUUCAUUAAUCAUUUUGGUAUAGGUUAACAUUUGCAGUAAUCUUCCUUAUUCCUUCAGUCAUCUUAGAUAGUUCAUUCGUAUUUAAAACAUAUCCAAAUUAGAUUCUGUGACAUUCAUGCAUACUAGUGAUAUACGUGAAAUAGAAUAGCCAUAAUUGAUAAUUAAAACUGGUUCAAUUACCUCUGUUCUACUGUGCUUUCUACUCUCCAUUUUUAGAAUAUUGAAACAAAAUGAAACCAAGACAGUCAGAAUUGUUGUCAAAGUUUAAAUAGGUCUGUUCAAACUACACCAAUGUUUGAGUUAAACCCAGUCAUGACAUUCAAUAAAAGAAUAUUCAUUGGUUAUAUAGUAAUUAUAUAACAGUGAGCUGCACCAGUGUUUUAUAUGUGGCACCAGCACCCAUACCAAUGCUUCUUACAUGGCACCUUGGUUUUAAGAUCUAAGUUCUGUUGUGGUGGGUGGGUAUUUUCAAGUACAACAAUGCACCACAUAUCUUGGGCAAGGAGAAGCAUUUAUUUAUCACAUACACCAAUGUGAUAAACACUGUUAAUUACUUGACUUUUAAUUAUGAGCUAGCAUUGAUUGGCAGAGUUGCUAGGGUAUUGGAUAAAAUGUCUUGUAGUAUUUGUUCCAGCUCUCUGUGGUUUUAAUCCUACUGAGGUUAACUUGAUCCUUCAUUGUUUCAGAGGCAUUAAAAAGAAAGUACCAAUGCAAUGUGUACCUUUCCUUCAUUGGACACUAAACUCUGCUUGCGAAGACCUGUUGAGGCAAGUGAAAUCAAAAUCAAAUUCGAUGACAGCACCGCAUGACUGGCAUUUAUACUAGUGAAACGCUAAGAGCACCAUCCAAGCGUGAUCAUUGCCAGGGCCGCUGACUGGCUCCCGUGCCAGUAGCAUGUAAAAUGCACCAUUCGAGCGUGAUUAUUACCAGUAUCGCCUUACUGGCACGUGAAACACAACAUUCGAGCGAGAUCGUUGCCAGUGCCGCUGGACUGGCUCCUGUGCAGGUGGCACAUAAAAACACCAUUUGAGUGUGGCCAUUGCCAGUACCGCCCUACUGGCCCUUGUGCUGGUGGCAUGUAAAAACACCCACUACACUCUCGAAAUGACUAGCGUUAGGAAGGGCAUCCAGCUGUAGAAACUCUGCCAGAUCAAAUUGGAGCAUGGUGCAGCCAUCUAGCUUGCCAGUCCUCAGUCAAACCAUCCAACCCAUGCCAGCAUGGAAAGUGGACGUUAAACGAGGAUUAUGAUAUUAAAGGGUUAGACUAAAUGCAUUAAAAUAUUCAUUCUGACUCUUUAUGUUCUGAGUUCAAAACCUACUAUAGCCUACAUACACACAAAUAUUUGCAUCUUUAUACACAAACAUACACAUAGUGCAUGCAUGCACAUGUGUGUGUGUGCGUGGAGAAGUAUAUUCUUGGUUAUGGCAUGUAAAUGUUCAGAAAGUCUAUAUUGCAAAGUGCAAUAGUAGACAUGAAACCAAUGGUAACUUUCUGACCAGUUAUAUGCCAUAAGUAAGGAUGUACUACUUGACUACAUAAAAUAUAAUAGGUCAAAAUUUCUUUUAAGAGUGUACUUUUUCCUGACUUAUGGACAACUGACCAAUAUAUGUGUGUGUAUGUAUAUAUAUUUAUAUACAUGCACAUAUAUACACAGAACGAGCUUCCACACUAUUUGUCUGUGAAAUCUGCACACAAUGCAUUGCUCAACCCAGAGCUAUUGUAGAAAACACUUGCCCAAGGAACCGCACUGUGGGACUGAACCCAAAAUAACAUUGUUGCAGGGCAAGCUUCUUAACCACACAGCCAUACCUGGACCUCUGCUGAAUUUAGAUUUUACUGUGUCUUCACUUUUUUUUUUCUUGUGAUCAGAUCUAUUGUUUUUGGAAAGGGAGAAAUUAGAUUAUUAACUUUUUCGAGCAUUUCUUAAUAGUAUUAAUGGUGUAAGUAAAAUAGCUAAAACUGAAUUCAAUCUGGCUGUAGACACCUCUUCCAAAUAGUUUACUAUCUACAUUAAUCUGCAUUAUAACAUUCACUACAUUCACUAUGGAAUUAUAUAGUAAACUAUAUAUGCUAAAUGUCAUAAUGGUUUGCAUUUACCUGUAACUUAUUGUAGAGCUAUGUUUAUAUAUAUGUAUAUAUAUAUCUGUUUGAGUCA